CCUGUGGCUGGUCUGCUCUCAACUCUUUAACACCCCCUUUGUCAUCAACUUUUCUUUCUCUCUCUCUCUGCCUUCUCCAUUUCUUCCUCCUUUCAUCUGGUGGUGUCCGCCACAGAUCUGGUCAUCAUUUCAUUGAAAGGAUGCGGAUCCUGUAGACCUCUCCCCCACGCCCCCUGCGAACCCUGUAAGGGACGGUGGGGGGUUGCACGAAGAAGAAGAAAGAGAAGAAGGAAGAGAGGGGCUCUCUCGAGACAUUGUGGCCGUGCAGGAGAAGCACAUAGAAAAUGGUGGAGAAGAAGCCUGAAUUCUGCAGGAAAUUGAGGUACCUUGGUCCCGCGAAUUAAAAGGCGCUCAAAGUAAUGGAGGCCCUGCAAUGCGAUGGAUGCGAUUACCGGGCAGAAACCUACGAUGAUCUUAAGGCUCAUAUCCAGGACGUUCAUACUGUCUUUUUACCCCACGUGGAAGCCUCUGAGGAGGAUAUAGGUCAACCCAGAUCUCUUACACCAACACUAGAUUCUGAAGCCGACAUAAGCAGCCUCCCUACAGUGAAGACUGAACUAGGUUCUCCAGUGGAAACACCUGCACAAAAUUCCUAUCAGCCCGGCUCGUCCAAUUUCAUCACCAACAGCUCCGUUCUGUACAGCCAUCAUGUCAACCAGCAUCCCAAGCCCGCCAACAAGUUUUUUCAGUGCAAGUACUGUGUCCGCUAUUUCCGAUCCAGGAGCCUGCUGGGCGAACACACCAGGAAGAUCCACGGUCAGAUUGAAGGGCCGCUGUUUGGGGGCGAGUCCUCGGACAUGGCCCCGCCGCCAUCACCGUCCAGCUUUCACGUCCUGCUGCACGAGGGCUUUGGCAAGGUCUUCGCCUGCCGCUACUGCACCUACAAAAGCCCGCGGCGCGCCCGCAUCAUCAAGCACCAGAAGCUGUGCCAUCGCUCCACCAUGAAGGUGCAGGAUCAGUUGGGCGACGUGCCGGUGGACGCGGUGGAGCGCAGCAUCCUGGAGGCGCAGGUCAAGCCGCUGACCAAGUCGCGGGGCAGUUUCUGCUGCGAGUGGUGUGGCUAUCACACCUCCCGGCGGGAGCGCUGGUGUGACCACCUGAUGAAGAAGCACCGCAACCUGUUAGCCCAGGGCCUGGUCAAGAUCAUCUCCUCGCUGAGGCAGCAGCAGUCGGGCUCAAGCCCCAGCCAGACCAAGUCACAGCAGUCCGACUCGGAGAAGACGUCUCCAAAUUCAAAUUACUUGCCCCUGACGGCGGGUGGGGGGGAAAUGCAGUGUGCUCAGUACCAGGCCAUGAAAGGCUCCAUGGAGGGAUCCCCCUCCAAGCAGAGCCCAACGUCCACCCCCAGGUUUGCUCCCAUCAAAAUAAAGUUCCCCUUUCAGAAGACAAAGCCCAAGGCCGUUCCCGAUCCUGACGAGGCUGCUCUGACUGACAGGCCUUCCUUCGGGAUGGCCGACUUGAGCCUGCCCAACUCCUCCUUGGAAACCAGCAGCCUGCUGAGCGACGACCGGAGCAGUUCCGACGAGGAGGAUCAGCUGGACAUGGACGAGAUGGACUCGCUAGCCUCCCAAGGCUCGGAAGGCUCCGGCAAGAAGUUGCUGAGCAUCGGCAACACCAAGUUGCUGGAGACCAAGGGUAUCCCCUUCCGGAAGUACAUGAACCGCUUCCAGUGCCCCUUCUGCUCGUUCCUCACCAUGCACCGGCGCAGCAUCUCCCGGCACAUAGAGAAUAUCCACUUGUCCGGUCGCACCAUCGUUCACAAGUGCAACCUCUGCAGUUUCACCUGCACCACUGCCCAGAAGCUGGUGGCUCACAAGCAGUGCCAUUCCUCGGAGUGGGAGACGGUGAGUUCGGCCAACAGCAGCGCAGUGACCCUGAACGACAACUUGGUGACUGUAGACGUUAACCAGAACCAAACGGUCAAUGGGGAGAAGCCGGCGGCGAUGUGCGACUCGAAGCAACAGUACCCCUACAAAUGUACCAUGUGCAGCUACUCCACCGUGACUCUAAAGGGCCUCCGAGUGCAUCAGCAACACAAGCACUCGUUCUGCGACAACGCCUUGCUGGCAGCCAGCGAAGAAGUGGGCGACGCGUUGCAGGACUCCGGGUCGCAGUUCGAAGCUCUUCCGUCCCCGGGAAUCGUGAAAACUCAGACCUCCAUCCUGGGAUCGACGUCAAAGAAUUCCUUCCUCUUCAAGAAGGGGAAGAGGCUGGCGUCGGACAGCCCGCUCGACCUGUCGCCGGCCAAGAAGCGGACCCGCAUCGACGAGAUAGCGAACAACCUGCAGAGCAAGAUCAGCCAAGCCAACCAGCAGGCCAGCGAGGUGGGGUCGGUGAUCGCCGUCGAGGAUGCGGAGGAGGAGGGAGAUGAUGAAGAGGAGGAGGACGAGGAAGAGGACGAGGAGGAAGAGGAUGACGUGGAAUUGGAUGCAGAUGGAGAACUAGAGGAAGAGGAAGGAAAGCUGGACCAUUUAAUGGACAUGCAGAAUUACAGCUACAGUGGCCACCAGAUGUGGGUUGAAGGGACUGAAGGACUGCACAAAGACGCUGUUUACGGGUCAGUGGACCAGGAUUAUUCAGUAAGCAACAGCGCCGAGAUUGAAUUGACUCUCUCCGACGACGAGGAUUACUACGGCACCUCAAACGCAGCUGGACACUGUGACGGUGCAUCCCGUAAGCUGGGUGGGAACGGCGCCUACAAAAAGGGUAACUCGGAAAAUAGGGACGGCUAUCAGGAAGGUUCUGAGACCGGUGAAGAUUCUGGAAAGACUUACUCUUGCAAGCACUGCAAUUUCAGCAACAAGGUAGCUCGCAGCGUUAGCACCCAUUACCAACGAAUGCAUCCAUACAUUAAAUACAGCUUCAGGUACAUAGAGGAUCCAACGGAUCACAGUGCAGUCUACAGAUGCCUUGAGUGUUUUGUGGAGUACGCGGAGUUUGAAGACCUGCGGCAGCAUUACGCCCAGUUCCAUCCCGAAGCGCAGAACAUCCUAAAUUUCCACCAAGCCAACUUGAUCUACAGGUGUCGCUUCUGCUCGUACACCAGUCCCAACGUCCGCAGCCUCAUGCCUCACUACCAAAGGAUGCAUCCCACCGUGAAGAUCAAUAACUCUAUGAUCUUCUCCAGCUACGUGGUCCAACAAACCAGCGAGAGCAACGCCGAAUCCCAGACCCUGCGAGAAAUCCUCAACUCCGGUGUGAAGAGCAUCGGGACGCCGAGCUCCGUACCCAACCUCGAUGCUCCCACCAGCCCCCCGAACAUUAAGCCGCCCAAGAGUAUGAGCCCCCAGGAGGGAGAGUCCUCGAUGAUAAGUGCCGUGGUAUACAGCUGUGACGUCUGCCCCUUCUCCAGCCCGAACAUGCAUUCGGUGCUGGUCCAUUAUCAGCGGAAGCACCCAGAGGAAAAAGCUUCCUACUUCAGAAUCCAGAAGACCAUGCGCGUCGUGUCCGUGCUGAGCCCCGCCAUCAAUGCUCAGAACAUCACGGAGGCAUGCCCGGUGACGCCACCCAACAACCCUCCAGUCGCUGCUCAGCCGGCUGAGUUUGAACAGCUCUACUACUGCAAGCACUGUGUUUACAGCAACCGCUCGGUGGUCGGCGUGCUUGUCCACUAUCAGAAAAGGCACCCAGAAGUCAAGGUGACGGCUAAGUACAUCAAGCAGGCGCCCCCGACUCCUGCCCUGAGGAAGACCAUGGAAGAGCUGCAGAUUACACCAGCGAGGCCGAUCAUGACCCAGCCAACGAGCCAGGCUGGCAAGAAGAGCUACGAAACGGUGGUGAACAUCAGCAGCCAGCAGAGAUUGACCGACAAGGGCGAGGGCGAGAUGAUGUUCUUUUGCCAGCACUGCAACUACGGCAACCGGACGGUAAAGGGGGUGGUCAUUCACUACCGUAAGAAGCACCGCGACAUCAAGGCUACAGCGGAGCUGGUGCGGCAGCACACGGCGGCCGUGAGGAGUCAGCGUGAGAGGGCCACCAACCACCAUGGCGGUGGGGGGGCCACCACCCCGCUGCCCAGCGUGCAGCCGGAGGCCGAGGUUGAGCAGCUGCGCUUCUUCAAGUGCCGCCACUGCUCGUACACAGCGCACUACCUCUACGCCGUGCGGAAGCACCUGAAGAAGCAGCACCCGAGCGUGAAGGCCACCGUCACCACCAUCCUACGCUGGGCGUACCAGGACGGGGUGGUGACCGCCGGCUACCACUGCGAGUGGUGCAUCUACUCUCACCAGGAGCCCAGUGGGCUAUUAAUACACUACCAGAAGCGACACCCUGAGCACCCCGUGGAUUACACCUACAUUUCCAGUAAGCUAUGGGCAGGCCCCGAUCCCUCCGCCAACCCCUCACAGAUCGCCCUUAUUGACCUCAAACACUACAAGUGCAGGGACUGCGAGUUCGAAGCUGCCUCCAUCUGGGACAUUACAAACCACUAUCAGGCCCUGCACCCCUGGGCAGUCAGUGGCGACGAGUCAGUGCUGCUGGACAUCAUCCUGGGGAAGGACACCUUGGAGCAGAACAACCCCACCGCCCAUGACUAUACUGGCUUUGAUUCCCUCAACGCCUCCGAGUCCAGCCAGCUGGAGGACGAGCUGCCCCUCAAAGUCUCCAUGCCGUCCCUGCUGAGGGAGCCUCCCGUCGCCCCGGCGCCCAGCCACUCCCCCUACCAGUGUAAGGUUUGCAAGUCUGAGUACAACAACCUGCACGGCCUCCUGACCCACUACGGGAAGAAGCACCCGGGUGUGAAGGUGAAAGCGGCGGAGUUUGCGCUGGAGAAGGACGAGAAGCCCAGCACGCUGUACAAAUGCAGACACUGUCCGUACGUCAACACCCGCAUCCACGGCGUCCUCACCCACUACCAGAAGCGGCAUCCCACCAUCAAAGUCACUGCCGACGACUUCAUGAACGAGGCCGAGAAGCUCCCCGAUGGCCAGAGCACCGAUUUGGAAGAGAUGAUCAAAGUCCCGAAGCAGGGUUUUGGCGCCUAUCGGUGCAAGCUGUGUCCGUAUGCGCACGGCUCCUUGGAGAAGCUGAAGGUCCACUAUGAGAAGUACCACCGGCAGCCCGCUGUCGAUAUCUUCACGGAAUCCGCCACCGAGACAUUGGAACCCCAGCUGCCUGACGCAUCCGAGGAAUACCGAGAUGAUGCAGCGCCCAUCACUGAGGUAAAUCCCAGGCCCCCUUCUCCCACUCCCCAACACUUUGUGAGCGGCUGUGCAGAGCUCAGUACCUUAUUUAAAUGCCAACUCUGCAAGUACUUCUGCUCCUCCAGAAAGGGUAUAGCUAGACACUACCGGAAUAAACACAACAACGUCCGAGCACAGCCAGAGGGAAAGAACAACAUCUUCCGAUGUGCCUUGUGUGCGUAUACUCACCCGCUCCGCAAAGGCCUGGCAGCUCACUACCAAAAGCGGCACGACAUCGAUUCCUAUUACACUCACUGCCUGGCCGCUUCCAAAACCAUCAUCACCAAGAAACCCGAGAAACUCAUUCUCCCCAUCGAGACCAAACCCGAGUCGCCCCCCUUGAGCGAGGAGCUCAGGAGAGCGGUGGAAAAGAAAAAAUGCUCGCUCUGCUCGUUCCAAACCUACACGAAGAAGGGGCUUGUGUCUCAUUAUAUGAAGCGACACCCAGGAGUCUAUCCGAGAAAGCAGUACGUGAGUAAAUAUAAUGGAUACUUCACUGUUGUGUACUCUGAUGACAAGGCAGAUGAAGAAGUUAAGGAAGAGGUCACUAAUAUAGAAACGGCUGCAGUGGUUGAAGGGAAACCCAAAGGAUGGCUCCCGUUCAAGUGUAUAAAGUGCUUCCAACUCUCAUUCAACACGGCAGAACUCCUGUGUAUGCAUUACGUGGACCAUCACAGCCGAGAAUUGAAGCUGGACUUCACCUUGCUACCAGGGAGCACCCGGUCACACAGUCCCACCUACGAGUGCAACCAUUGCAACGACAAGAUCCUCAGUACGCUGGAACUCAGUGUCCACCUCACCCGGCACAACGAGCGCCUCGGUCGACGGGCACGACUUCACCGUGAGAAGAUGGCGCCUCAGGGUGAAAACCGACCAGACGGGGAGUCGCAGCCUAAGGCUGAACCUCAAUCUGAGGGCGAAGUUCAGGCAGAGGUUGUCCCACCACCCGAGGGUGAAGUCCGGCCAGCGGAGGAGCCCCCAGCUGAGGUGCAGAUGCAACCUGCGGAGGAAGAAGAAAAGGUGAAGGAGGAAAAUCUUAACGAGGAGAUCCUGAAAGAUGAAAACCAGAUCCAGGAGGAGAACCUGAAAGAGGAGGGGCCGGAGUCUACAGCAUUAGAAGACAGCAACAAAAAACAGUCUACUGAUGUUCAAGCAUCGAGCCCUGUUUCAAUGGACAAGGAGCGUAAUGUUGUUGGUUACAAGUGCAGCUUCUGUUUUGAGGUCCAUCCGACACCUCGAGCUAUAUCGAACCAUCUUCGCAAACACGUUGCAUUUGGCGAGUCUCUAGAUACUGUCCGCACUGGUGAAGAGGGUUUGCGUUCCCACGAGAGGAGUCACACCGCUUCUGCACUGUUCAGCCGCGAAGGCAAGCAUCACUGCCAGUAUUGUUUGUUCGCCACCGCUUUCCGGCAGAACUUGGAACGCCACAUGCAAAAUCAGCACGGACACCAGAAACCUUUCAGAUGCAAACUUUGCUCGUUUAAGACUGCCUUUAUAAGUGGACUGAAGAGCCAUAUUCAGAGAGCUCAUGCCGUGGAGUCCACCUACAGCUGUUCCUACUGCUCUUUUUCCACCCUGAUGGUAAAGCAGCUCAAACAACAUGCUCUGAAAGUGCACGGCCAUGUUAUGGCAGUGUCCAAACAUCACAUUGACCUUCCAGCAGCCUUCUCUUCUGGUAACAAUGCACGGCAGACAGAGUCCCAGUCUGAGGGAGCAGCAGAAUCAGAUGACCCCACCUUCUUAAAAUGCCCCUCCAUCAGAAUCAAAGACUCCUCGUACUCUGAGCCACCUGAUGUCCAGCAACAGCUGAACCAUUACCAGACAGCGGCCAUGGCCAGAAACCGCUCCAGCCCCAUCCUAGUGCCAUCGCCAACCGCCCCCUCUGACCAGAUGUCUAAGGGGUACUUCAGCUGCGAGUUCUGCCAGUUCAACUCCGAGUACAUCCAGAGCAUGAGGCGCCACUAUCGAGACAGGCACUGCGGCAAGAAACUCUACAAAUGUAAGGAUUGUCCAUUCUUCACCGGCUUCAGGUCUACAUUUUCUAUGCACGUUGAGGGUAGCCACACAGCCCCUCCUGUGGAGGGUCCCAAGGACCUGCGCUGCCCUCUCUGCCUGUACCACACCAAAUACAAAAGCAGCAUGAUCGAUCACAUCGUCCUUCACAGAGAAGAGAGAGUUGUCCCCAUUGAAGUCUGUCGCUCGAAGCUCUCGAGGCACUUGCGAGGAAUUGUCUUCCGGUGCGAUAAGUGCACCUUCACCAGCUCCAGCGACGAGACGUUGCAGCAGCAUAUGGAAAAGCACAAAGAAAUGAAACCAUACAAGUGCCAACUGUGUUAUUAUGAGAGCAGGAUAAAAGAAGAUUUGGAGAACCAUCUGCAGGAGGAACACAAGGUGAUUCGCAACUUUGAAUUAGUUGGUCGCGUUAACCUGGACCAGUUAGACUUUAAAGACAAAGAAUGGUUCAGCAGCGAGGAGGAGGCCAGAGAGGAAGAAAAAGGCCACAUUGUUGAACAAAGAGGUAUUGAGGUGUGCCCAGGAAGUGGGGCUCGGAUCUACAAUGAGAAAAGAUUCCCCUGUGAAUUUUGCGGACGUACAUUUGCCCGUGGAUUUGAUUGGGAGCGUCACAUUCAGAGACAUAGCAUGGCUCUCGGUGAGAAUAACCAUCAGGAACAUGAAACAUGUCCAGCAACAGAGAACUCCAGGGAAGAGAAUAACACUACACCUUUAAGAAUGGAGGAGCAACUGGAUUCUGCUGACAACAUGAAGACGGAAGUCACUUACCAGGAAGCACCAUCCUGUCCAAUCUCUUUAGCAUUAAUAAAGGAAAACUCCCAGGAUUUGGACACUGAGACCAAAAAUAAAGAGUCGGAGCUUUGUUAGUAUACUUGAAAUGUUGUGCAAGUUUCUCCUCCCUUUCUAACCCCUCGUCCCACCCCCACACCGACCCCCUCACCAUAUUCUCUGCUCCUUGCCCGCUGACAACUGAUGAUGGAGCAGGAACUCGUGUUACAAUCAAUCCUUCAGUACCUCAAUCCAAGCACCUGUCCUUUGCGGGUGCGAGUGAGCAGUAAGGACAGGCGGAGCGGCCGUUGGUCGUGAGGAAUGGACACGCCGCCGACAUCGGCCCUGCCGCCGACAUCUCCACACACGAGAGCAUUGCAGCAUGAUCCAGAGCCGGAACCCGUGCCAAUUUUUUACCUCCUCCCUUGUCCGAGGCUAAUUGUAGAACCUCUUACUAAUUCCAAGGUGUGCUCAGCAAAGCUAACUCGGAAGGGAUUCAACUUUUUGGACACUCCUGGGCUGUGAAGUUCUGGGUCACAUGGUGUGCGGUGUGUUUACUUAGCUAUUUGGGACGUAUUCCUUAUACCUUCUUCCCUAUCUCCCUCUUUUGUGCCCUGUUUAUCUCCACCCCCCUCCCACAACCUCAAAACUCUUCCUCUCCACUUCCCUCUCUCUCUUUUUUUCUUCCCUCCCUAUUGUUUCCAGUGUUUGAAUGAAUUGUGUGUUUAAAAAUACUGGGGACUGCCUCAUUAAUCUAGUGAGUUGUGAUUUUUUUUUAAAGUUAGUGUGGUCUUGUGGGAAUGUCAUUACUUCAUUGUAGAGAUUUUGACAUUCAUUGAAGUAAUGUUCCAUAUUGCUCUUUUAAAAAAAAAAACAAUAUUGAACUUGUGCAUUGAAAACCAAAAAUACCCCCCAAAUUUUUACUUUGAUCCAGCUAUCAGUCUAGUGAUCCAUAACUAAUGGAUUAAUCAAGCACCUCUGAUUCAGCAAGUUUUGUUAUGAUGGGACACUUUUGCAAGCUGCUAUAUUUUAGCCCACAACUGGUUGAAUUCAAGGCACUUGUCUUUCUUUGAACAUGCAAAGCGCCGUUUUUAACAGGUUAGUUUAUCUCACAAUUGGUUGCAUGUUACAGGCUGUAACUACUGCAGACUCCUGCAUCAUGGUUUAUAACAUGCAUCUCAACGAAAGGUUAAGAACACUUAAAGUGGAAUCUAUCACCUUUACCGUUCACGUUUUCUGUUUAAUUAUAAUGGUGUGCAUUAGAACUGGUGUUAAAAGCGGAUUCACGGAGGCAUUUCCGAAUCUUGAAUGAAGGACCAGCUCGGACCGAGGUGCUGUAAUCAAUUGGCAGACAUUGAGCCCAGUUCACUUGUAGCACCAACACUGUUUGUGUUUUUCUUUUGUAAGUAAUCCAAUACGGAACAAGCUUACCAUACUAAAGAAGUUCCUUGUUUUCUUGCACUAAUGCAUCUGGUAAAAAUGUUUUUUUUUAAUCUAUUAUUUAAAAGAAAACUUGUUUGUAUAGCAGAAAUGGUCCUAACAAUUACUGUUAAUGUAGGAUGUUGGUGCAAAAAGUGAUCAUAAUUUGCAGUACCUCAGCAUUAAUCUUUACUGAAUGUCCAUUCUGUGCAAGUAAUAUCUGUUCAUAAACUGUGUAGAUUUACUUUUCUUCCCCUGCACAUCUGCAGUAAGAUGUGUGCUACAAUGUUGUAGUGAGACUACUUUACGUGAAUAAAAAUUCCAUAGGUUAGCUUUUGUUUGCCAAGUUUACAGGUUAUUGUAUUCUUGUUUUAUAUAAACACUUUAAUUAAAUCACUAUAUGGGUUCUCAAAACCUGUUGCUUGAUAAAUGACUUUUUUUUAGGACACUUGUUUAGGUCUCAAUUUGGAUCCAGAUGUUUGCAUUAUCAAAUGAAAUAUUAUUGUGAUCAAGGUAUUUUUGAAAUGAUGCUUUCAAAGAACACCUGUUCCUUGAAGCAGUUCAUUAACAUCACCUAUUUUCAUGUUGAAAACAGGGCAAAAUGGGAGCAGUUUCUGUGAAAAAAAAGACAGGGAUAUUGCAGAUUACCAUGUAUAUUGUGUUCUUUUGUCUACAUUGUAGUUUAGGAAGCUCCUUUUAAAUAUUUUUGUUAUCUAAAAUACUUCUAAAGUUGACUGUUUAGGACAUGCAUUGGAAGUCUGUUUUAAGCCAACUGCAGGGGUUGAGGAAAUGAACUCUGGAAACAAUUACCAAAAUUGACUGGCCUUCCUCAGUGUUUGUUAGUGCAGUUUCUAAAUAAUGCUGCUUUAGUUUCUAGAAUGAUCUGUAAAUACUGUACUUCCUGGGAUUUUGUUUUGCUGACCUGAUAAAUAAAAAGUGAUGACUCCUUUUUAAUUUUG